UAUUUUGUUUUGCGUCUUGGUCCUUUAAUAAAUUUAAACUUUAAAAUAAUAAAACUAAAAUCAUGACUGCACCAUUAGAAAAUCUUGAAACUCAACUCGAAAUGUUUAUUGAAAACGUUCGUCAAAUACGCAUUAUUGUAAGUGAUUUCCAGCCACAAGGUCAGAAUGUCCUAAACCAAAAAAUUCAAAGCUUAGUUACUGGAUUACAAGAAAUUGACAAACUUAAGAAUCAAGUCCAAGAUGUUAUGGUUCCAUUUGAGGUAUUCGAUUACAUUGACCAGGAUCGCAAUCCACAAUUGUAUACAAAAGAUUGUGUGGAGAAAGCCUUGGCAAAGAACGAAGAAGUCAAAGGAAAAAUUGAUGCAUACAGAAAGUUCAAGUCGAAUAUACUUUUGGAGUUAAGCAAAACAUUUCCAAAUGAGCUUAAUAUGUAUCGGGCAAUAAGACCAGACUCAUGAAUAAAGAAUAACGUCUAUCAAGUACACUUAUCAUUGGACCGAUGAGGUAAAAGGAAUAUAUUGGAUUGGUUAUUUUUAGGUAUAAGAAAUUUAUUAUUAACUAAAUUCAUCAAUAGUUCACUUAAUAAAAUAUAAUUUA